AUGGAGAAGCAACAACAGCAGAAACUUCCUCUUUCUCUUGACUGGGACACGCUCCAUGAUACGCCGCCGGCGGAACUCGUCGUGAAGCCGUCUGCUAAGGCUCCCGAUCAGAAACCUCCGCCGUACGUUGACCUGGAAGGUCUCAAAGAUAGUGAGCUCGAGGACGACAUUCGGAGGAAGAAGACGCUUCUCGAAACCAGCGGUAAAAGAUUGCCGGACGGAGGCGACAAAUUACGCUGUAUGAUCAAGCAGUUUGAAGAAGAGCUUCAUAGACGGAAAAUGAACCCUCGUCCUCAGAAAGUUCAUGAGGAGCAGAAACAUAGACAAGCUACUGGUAGCUCAAGUUCUGUUGGUGAGGGUGUGUCUAAUAACUCGAGAGAAGAGAAUUUGCCAUCUCGUCCACAGUCGAAACCCUCUUUUGCAUCUUGUUUUAUGAAGAAAUUGGAAGAUAAUACUAAUUGUACAACUGGUGAUUCAUUUAGCAAGGAGAAGCCGCAUUUCAAGCAUUGUAGUAGCCAGGAAGAACGACACAAUAGAGAACCUAAAAAAAGAAAGAGACAUCGAUCAUCUUUAAAACCGAUGCCAUUUCAAUUCUCGAGCAAACAUUCCAAACGUGAUACUUUUAGUGAUAAUGAUAAAAGGUGCCGACCCAAUUCUACCUUAUCAGUACGGACAAUUACAAGGAAUCUAUCAAGACGCUUCUCAAAAGAUAAUGGUGCAUUUCAGGCAGUUCAGUCAGAUGAUUCAAGGUCCAGGAAGGGUCAACCCAUUGUUCUUGAUGAUGACGACAGUAGUGACGACAGCGACAGUCCUCCUAUUCUGGAUAAAACAGAAAACAAAGCUCCUGAAUAUUUGAAAGAUGCUAAGAUCUAUUUUCCUUCAAGAGAUGAUCCUGAGUGUGUUGAAGUUUGUUACAGCGACAUGGAAUGCCUUGCUCCUGAAGGCUACUUAUCAUCAACUAUCAUGAACUUUUACAUUCGAUAUUUAAAGAAGCAAGAAUCUCCGACAAUAUCAGACUACCAUUUUUUCAACACAUAUUUCUACAAGAAACUUAUAGAAGCUGUUUCCUGCAAGGAAAGUAACAGAGACACGAUAUUUGCAAAGUUCAGAAGGUGGUGGAAGGGUGUAAAUAUUUUUCAGAAGGCAUAUGUUUUGAUUCCAAUACACCAGGAUCUUCAUUGGAGCUUGAGCAUUAUUUGUUUCCCAGACAAAGAAGAUGAAUCAGGACCAAUAAUACUUCAUUUCGACUCUUUGGGGCUUCACUCUAGUAGAAUAGUUUUUGAAAACAUUAAAAGCUAUUUGAUAGAAGAAAGGAACUAUUUGAGUAAGGAAUGCGCGUCUUCAGAUGUUCCGAUUGCAGACAGAAUAUGGAAGUCUCUUUCUCGUAGAAUUGAAACUGAAGUCAUGAAGGUUCCCCAACAGAAGAAUGAGUAUGACUGUGGUCUUUUUGUACUGUACUUCAUCGAGCGUUUUAUGGAAGAGGCACCCGAUCGACUGAAAAAGAAAAAUUUAGCAAUGUUUAGCAAGAGAUGGUUCAAACCUGAAGAGGCAUCCGGUUUGAGAGCGAAAAUUCACAAGUUGCUUGUAGCAGAACUACACAGUUCAAUCAAGCCUGAUGGUAUUGCAGAAUCUUCUUCAUCUGCUGGUGAUGCUACCGAAUGCGAUGAGACUGCAAAGAACUCUUCAAUCAAAGAUGGCAUCGUGAGUUGCGAUUCUCUCGUGAUUGAAUGA